AAAGGCAAAACCCGGACAAAAUUGCCAAAGCGUGCAUGAAACCCAGAAUCGUCCUCUGCUUCGCUUUCUUGACAUUCCCCUAACUAUCUAGCGAUUUCAUUUCCCUUUUCACUUUCAUUCACUCGCCGAUCACUAUGACGACGACACCUCCGCCAUUAGAACAACAGAAUCUGGACGAGGAUACUCAAAUGCUGGAUCCUAUCUCUGAUGUGCUCGUUGAUCAAGAAAUGGAACAAGGGGAAGACCGAUUCUCAAAUCUACCGAAAAUCAUACUUCAUAAAAUACUAUCGAGGCUACCACAGAAUGAUGCAACUAUGACAAGUGUUUUGUCAAAGACUUGGUUAGAGAUAUGGUAUACAUUUCCCAUCUUAUCUUUUUCUGAUACUAAAGUUACAGGGGUGGUUCGUCAACCAGUGGAAGAUUUACCUGGAAAGAGUAAGGACUUCAUUGAAUAUGUAAAGAGCACAUUGUUGAGGUUUUCGGACCAAAAGUUGGUUAUCAAAGAAUUCAACCUCAGGGUAGACUGGUUUGAGGUCAGUUCCAUGUCAAUGGAUGUGGAUAUCUGUUUGAAACUGGCAAGUGAAAAUGGAGUUCAAGUUUUGGAGUUGAGUAAUGGUCGCUACAAGCUUGAAAAAGAUUGGGGUGACUGCUAUGUUUUACCUGAGAAAGUAAUUGAAAACCAAAAACUUACCAAGUUAAGUUUGGUGGGUGGAAUUAGAGUUGAUCGAGCAUUCACGAAUCAUUCAAUUAAAUUUUUCUCGUUGAGAGAAUUAUAUUUGUUGAAUGUCCAUUUUGAAGAUGAACAAUCAAUUGAGAAUCUCAUUUCUUGUUGCCCGUUGAUUGAAAUUAUAAUUCUGAUCUUUGAUCGCGACGGCAUGGAGUCUUUGAGGAUGGAUGGUCUACAAAAGCUCAAGACAGUUUAUACUGAUGGGAUAAAAGAGCUUUAUAUUGAUGAAGUUCCGAGUCUUGAGAGUCUUUACUAUUGUGGACAUUUGGACACACCAUUUAAGUUUGAUUCUAUUCGGUGCCAAAAUUUAAAGGAGUUAUUCUUGAUUUUGAAUAGGACUACUAUUAUCACAAACAAAUGGUUUCUUGAGCUGUUUCAGAAAUUCCGUUUCCUUGAGAGGUUGAAGUUGUUGUGUUGCGAAACAUCUGAGACAAUUAAUAUUUCAAGUGGCCAGCUUAAGUUUUUGAGGUUAUCUUUUGGCUCUAACUUGAAGGAGGCUAACAUUGAUGCUCCAAAUCUAUCAUCAUGUAAUAUUCAGUAUUGUUUUGAUUGCCCAAAACCUAUUAUAUUUUUUUCAAGAUUUUCUAGUAAACUAGAAGUCCAAAUUGAGCUCAGCAUUAAUUCUUUUGAUGUUUGUUACGUGAGGGAACUUCUCCAAAAUAUCAAACCUGAAAAUAUUUUGAUAUCACUAUAUAUAUCCAUCUAUUGUCCAACUCUGGUUGCACCAAAUCCAACGUUUUUGGAUAUUUCAUCGCCUCCACCAAGUAUCAAACAUAUGAACCUACGCGGAAUGUUUCCAUUAACAUAUGAAACUUUGGCUUCAGAUUUUGUAGUUUCCUUACUUUUAUGUUGUGUCCCUACAAAUAUAUCUUUGAACUUAGAUGCUUGUGGCAGAGCAUUCAUUGAGUUUCUUUAUGAGACGCUAAUGAGAAAAAAAGAAGAUGAUUGCUUUUGCGGUUCUAGUGAUACUAAGUGUUGGUGGCAUAACUUGAAGGAUGUGAAAAUCAAUAGCUAUUUCAAGAUUGAUAAGAUUAAUGAUGUUGAUUUUAAGACCAUGUUAGAAUCGUUUCCAACUUUUAGGCCUCGAGAUAUUAGUAUUAGGCUAGAAUUUUAAUGUUGUUGAGAUGCUUACCUUGAAGUUUGAUAUUAGUAACUCCAUCAAUGUUUUUAUUUUAUUUUUUCCCUAAAGAGUAAGGAAUUGUUGUAUGUUCUAUUUUAAUUGCUCCUUCAUAUUUUUAUAUUAAUUUAUAUUUAAAAAAA